AUGGAGAAGAAGUUGGUGGCGGCAUAUAACGAUAGCAGGCCGUGGUGUGUUAGUCAGGCAAAUAAUGAUGUGUACGAGGUUCACUCCCACCCAUCGGUGUUGGUUGAUGUCGGCAAGCAGACAUGUUCUUGUUUUCAGUGGCAGAUAAAUGGGUUUCCGUGUUCCCAUGUCGUUGUCGCAUUUUGUAAUAGUGAGAUAAACAUUUACGAUUCGAUAGACCGUGCAUUCUACAUCGAUACAUUUCGUGCUAUGUACAGCGGGACAAUAUAUCCCAUCCCAACAGUUGAGAAGCCGAUGUUCAACCCAACUGAAUAUUUUAUAGCACCGUCGAAGGUGAAGCGUCCGCAUGGUAGGCCCAAAUGGAAGAGAAUUCCUUCUAAGGGCGAGGUAGUGCAACGUAUUCGUUGUGGACGUUGCAGAAAAUUGGGCAAUCACAAUAGGAAGACAUGCAAAGAGCCGUUAUAG